UGUGAAAGGUGGUGUUGGUGGUGGCUUGUCUGUAUAUAAGCGCUGUCUCGCCUCCCAGAGAGCAUCACCCUCUCGCCAGCUCCCCCUUCACAUCCACCAUGAAGCUCGUGCUCCUCGCCUGCCUGGCCGCCGUCGCCGUCGCCGCCCCUCAGCGCGACCCUAAACCGGAAUUAGCCACAGUCCUGAGAGACGACCGAGAGGACAGCGGCGACGGCAACUUCAAGUACGAGUUCGAGACCUCCAACGGCAUCGUUCAGAGUAUAACCGGGUACCCUGGAGCAGAGGGCUCAAGCAACAUCCAGGGAUCCUUCAGCUUCCCACUCGAUGAUGGACGUCAGGCGUCUUACACCUUUGUCGCCGACGAGAACGGCUACCAGCCACAGUCCGACCUCAUCCCCGUGGCCCCCCCACUUCCCCCUCACGUUAUCGAACUCCUGCAGAUCGUCGAACAACUGAAAGCUCAGGGAGUAAAAUGGGACGACCAAGGAACGCGAAUCAACUAAACAUCCCAGCAUAAGACACACCCAAGGCUGAUGAUCACAACCUCCACACGACUUCCGCUGAACCUGGAGGGUUCACAUACGAGGUCAUAGUGACCUCAGACGGCUGGGCCGUCACCCUCCAGUUUCAUCAAGGGAAACCUGUAACUCUCCCAUUAAUGCCGUCGGAUUAUCUUGGACCGUCGGCUCUGUAGCGUGCAUCUCCGCCUUCACACUUUGCAACGUUCUUCACAUCCUAUCAACAAGGUCAUCACAUCCUUACUCACACGGACACCCUCGCUGGACACAUCCCGUCCUGCCCAUAAGGAUACCCCAUUCCCAUGGACACUCUUGUAUGUACAUAGUUAAAGGACUACAGCUUCGGGGCAACAUCAAGCAUCUAAGAUCACCUGGACGAAUUCAAUGCUUGUGAUCAAUUUGUAAUAAACUCCCUGCAGCCAGAA